GUGCCGAGGUCCCGCCCCCAUGCGGAAGUCAGGCAGGGCAGGCGGAAGAUGGCGGCCGGAUCGGCGGACGGGCGGAAUUCUAGAUCUUUAGGAGAACUAUGACUUUCUCCCUACAUUCGUGACUUCUCUUCUGAUACCCUGGACCUAAUUUAUUUCCAAAUGUAUCAUGCUUUGGAAUAUGCUCUGGACCGUGCCGAGUAUAUCAUUGGAUGUGCCAGGCAGAGACCUCCAAAAAGAAGGCAUUCCUCCAGUGGACGGAAAUCCGUGCAUCAGAAGCUGUAUGAUUUGUACAUGGAAGAAUGUGAAAAAGAACCAGAACUGAAGAAACUAAGGCGAAAUGUUAACCUGCUGGAGAAACUGGUGAUGCAGGAGAGAGUGUCGUGUCUCGUGGUAAACUUAUAUCCAGGAAAUGACGGUUAUUCACUGAUGCUCCGGGGGAAAAAUGGCUCAGACUCGGAAACAAUCCGCUUGCCUUACGAGGAAGGAGAGCUACUGGAAUACUUAGAUGCAGAAGAGCUUCCACCAAUUCUCGUGGAUCUUUUGGAAAAAUCUCAGGUGAAUAUUUUUCACUGUGGAUGCGUCAUAGCUGAAAUACGGGAUUACCGGCAGUCUGGUCAUUUGAAAGCACUUACGUACCAAAGCAGGCACAUUCUACUCCGGCCCACAAUGCAGAGUUUAAUUUGUGAUGUUCACGCAAUAACAAGUGACAACCACAAAUGGACGCAGGAUGACAAGCUUGUCCUUGAAAGUCAGUUGGUGCUCCACACGGCAGAGCCACUUUGUCUCGACCCUUCCUUCACUGUCACCUGCACAACCAAUAAACUUCUUUACAACAAACAAAAGAUGAACACUAGACCUAUGAGAAGGAAUAUGAAGAGGUAUUCUCGGCCGGCAUUGAACAAACAGCAGGAGAUAGCCCAGUACACACCGUCACCUCAUCUUAAGUUGUUUGAUUAUUUACAAAAGAGAAAGGAAAGAAAGCCGGUGUUACCUGUUGACCUUAAAAUUUCAAGAGCUGGAAAUUGUGUCGACAUGUGGAGGCAGAAUCCUUGCCAGCUUACAGUGCCAUCUGAAAUUGAUGUGGAAAAGUAUGUCAAGGUGGAAAAAAUUAAUCGAUCUGAUGAGUUACAAACCUGGCCACCCCAUGAAACAAACGAUGAAUAUAUCUUUGAGUGGGAAGGGACAGAUCAAUUUCAUGCAUCCAAACUAACCAUUUAUCAGUCACCAGAUGACCCCCUAUUUUAUGGUAAGAUACAAAUGAUGAAGGACCCCAAACCAGAGGAAGAGAACAGACAUUUGGUUACUCACAUCCCGUUCCCUGUAGGUACAAAAGCAGAGGCUGACAGGUUUGUAAAGCAGUAUCUUGAGGUCUUGCAGCAGGAUACCAAGUGUCCAGUGAAGAUUUCUCACAAUGCAGCAGGCUUGGUCAGUCAGGGUCACCUGUCCCCUGGGAAGGAAAUCGAGCAAUCUGAAGAAAUUUCUGGAUCUGUCCAGUCUUCGGUCCUGGGAAAGGGCGUAAAGCACAGACCACCACCUAUUAAACUACCCGGUGGAUCCAGUGCCAGCUCUUCAGGAAAUGUUUUUGGUCCUUUGCAACCAAGUGGCCAUCUGAAGUCCACAACUCCCCCUCCACCCACGACCAAAAGUUUCAAUCCGUCCCGGAAGCACUCAGUGGAUCAAGUGAACAUGCUCUCGUCACCGGCCAUGUCCCCUGUGGGUUCAUCACAAAGAUCUGGAACACCCAAGUCAUCCACCCCUACACCAACCAACACCCCUUCAUCAACUCCACACCCUUGCGAUGUACAAACCCCAACAUCUGCAGCUACCCCCACAGCCACCCCUUCUAUACAAGAAUCAGGCCUCAACCCGCAGACCCUUCUAACCCCUUUUGCCCAACAGCAGUUGGCUCUCGGUCAAGCCCUGCCAGUAGUGAGCAUGCCUCUGUCUACCAUGGUCACCUCCAUUACCACAGGGAGCUCGAACAGCCAGGGAAUGGCGAAUGCAGCCGGCCUCAACUUCAUCAAUGUAGUCGGCUCUGUUUGUGGAGCACAGACAUUAAUGAGUGGUUCAAAUCCCAUGCUGGGGAGCAGUCCUGGUGCCAAAGCCCCCACUGCUCUAAAUCUGAGCAGUAUUAUACCUCCAGUAGCACUGGUGCCAAGCUCCCUCCCAGCCGCCAUGCAGUCCGCAGCCCAAGUUGGUGGUCCAAAAAAUGCUCCUGGUUUCAGACCUCUGAACUUGCUUCAGCUGUCAAGUGGUCCACCAGUGAUCUUCAAUCCUCUCCAACAGGAACAGCUGCCCCAGUUUGCUCAGCUCCCAUCGUCCCAGCAGUCUGCAGCCUCCAGCACUCCACAGCAGGGAGAACAGAAUUCUGACCAGACUCCAGCUAGUCAAGAACAGGCUUUGACAGCACAGCAGACUGCAGUCAUCAACCUGGCUGCAGGCUUUGCACCUUCCCAGAGCACAGUGUUGUCUCAAGUUGGCUCUGCUGCAUGCAGACCCAGACAAAGCCACCCUCAUCCGGCCCUCGAGCUUGCAUCCGCCUUACACCAGCAACAGGUCUUGCAGCAGCAACAGAUACAACAGUUCCGAUACUUACAGCAUCAAAUGGCUAUGGCAGUUCAAAUGCAACAGCAGCAGCAACAUACAAGCAGCCAGUCAAAAAAUAAACGGAAAAGAGGAACACCGACUCCACCUAAAUCAUGACCCAUCUCAUGGUUCUACCUGUGAGCUGCUCCUUGAACUUACCGUUCAUGGUGGUGAAUGUUCUUUUUAAAUAUUUAAAAAACAAAACAUA